GAACCCACCACCUCAAGCCCAGCUGUCUUCCCCUGCCCUUCUGUGGGUGUCGUGGCUGGGGCGAGGAGGCAGGCCCAGGGCGCCUCCGACACCCUCGGGUGCUGGGGGGGGCGGCUCCAGCCCCGGCAUCCGGCACCUGGGGCGCCCGGCGGUGAGGAGCGCGCUCCAUCCUCUCCCUGAGCAGGGUGCCCAGCCGCCACCACCUGCGCCAUGCGGAGGGGAAGGGCCCUGGGUGCCUGGGUGCUCGUUGCCAGCCUGGCCGUGGUGAGCUGGGGGGUCCGAGGACAGAAAGUAAAGGUGAAAGAAGCCAGUGGGAAGGUGUUCCUGCACUGUGAAACAAGCAGCCGAGGUCCAAUCAUCUGGCUGAAAAAUGGGGAUAUGAUAGCAAACGCAACCCAGCUGGAUUUGGGUACAGCGUAUGACGAUCCCAGAGGCACUUAUGCAUGUGAAAUAGAAAAUGGAAAGACAAGUCCCCCCUUCCAGGUGCACUAUCGAAUGUGCCAGAACUGCAUCGAAGUGGAUGCUCCCACCAUCUCGGGGAUCGUAGUCGCAGAUGUGGUUGCCACCAUCUUCCUGGCAGUUGCCGUGUAUUGCAUCACUGGCCAGGACAAGGGACGCAUGUCACGAGCUUCUGACAGGCAGAACCUGAUUGCCAACGAGCAGCUUUACCAGCCCCUGGGCGAGCGGGAUGAUGAACAGUACAGCCAGCUGGCACCUGCCAAGGCCCGAAAGUGAAGUGGGAAGAUGCUGGGGCUUGGAACUCCUUCACACCAGGAGUGAUUUUACAGUAAAGCCACCAGCAGCGCCCCAGGGCACUGGUACCCUGCCCUGCGCCUGCCUUCGUAAGCUCCCUGCUAGCAGAAGGCAGUGCGGGAUUUUGCCUAGAGAGCCCUCCGGCUCAUCGCCAGGGUGGGCUGCUCGUAGCGCUCCGCUCUUUGCAUGGCCUCUUGCACUUCUCUGUAUUCCUCUCAUUAAAGACAAACCUGUCCCAUA